AGCACCUGCAACAUUCCCGCUCUGUGGCCCCGCUUUGAGCAGCAUGCGUAUGCUGGCACAAGAAGAAGAGAACAAUGAUAACGCUGAGGUGACAUGGGAGGAUCAGCAGCGUAUCAACACAUUCUCGAAACUGAACACCAGACUGCGUAACAUCGAAGAGAAGAUGGAAGGGCUGAAGCAAGAGAAGGAGGCUCUCGACGACUUGUCAAUGGAGCUUGAGCUCGCAGACGAAGAUCAACCCAUCAUGUACAAGAUUGGCGAAGCCUUCAUUCAUAUGCCACAUGGCCGAGCAAUCAAACGACUCGAAAGAGAUCAGGAUGUCCUGAACCAGGGGCUAUCCAGGCUCAAAGAGCGCGCAGAAGAAUGCGAGAAAUCCAUGAAGCAGUUGAAGGUUGUGUUAUACGCGAAAUUCGGUCGGGCCAUCAACUUGGACGAGUAGAGUUGGCAAGAUCAUCGCUGGCAUACUUGCAAUCCAAUUAUCAUAUAUCUCCACGUGUAACGAUACAUCCAUUGUCCGGAAACGCUAAAGUUGCGAAUCACAUACAGCUGCAAAACAUCAUCUCGCA